AUUCCCAUAUUAAAAAUCCACAAAUCUCAAAUCCCCAAAAACCCAAACCCUAAAAUUGAAAACAAUGAAAUGUUACAAAAGCUCAUCAAUUCUCACAACGAAUCACCACCCAUUCUUCUACAAACAACAACCAAUCUCCUCUCUACCUCCAUCUUCCUUCCCAUCAACUCUCUCUUACCCGACCCGAACCCGCUUCUCCUCCACCCGGAUCCAAUCUCGACUAACCCACGACGAUCCCGUAAAACAAUCACAAGACUUAUCCUUCUACGAUCUUCUCGGCGUCACCGAAUCAGUCACACUCCCAGAAAUCAAACAAGCUUAUAAACAACUUGCUCGUAAAUAUCAUCCCGAUGUUUCUCCUCCGGAUCGUGUCGAAGAAUACACAGAUCGGUUUAUUAGAGUUCAAGAAGCUUACGAAACUCUCUCCGAUCCUCGCCGGAGAGUUUUAUAUGAUCGUGAUUUGUCUAUGGGGUUUUCGUUUUCUUUCUCCGGUCGACGCCGGAACCGUUACGAUGAGGAAGUGGUGGAAGAGAAGAGUGAGUGGAAGGCAAAAUGGCAAACUCAGCUCUCAGGGUUAAGGAGAAGAAGCAAUCAGAAAGACAAUAACUCAAUGUCUUGGGCUGCUAGAAUGCGCCGUCAACAACAAGAUUCUUGUUAACACACAACAUCAAGUCUUUAGCCUUGUUAUGUAUAGUCUUUUAAUUGUUUGUGUGUAAUAUAGAAAGCAUAGCAUC